GAUGGUGAUGGGUGGUGUUGCGAUCGGAGAGAGGUGGAGGUGGAAUGAGAAGGUGGUGAAGGGGGGAGAUGGUAGUGAGGAAGAGGAAAAGGAAGAAAAAGAGGAGGAAGAGGAGUUAGAUGAUGGGGGGGAGGAUGAAGAGGAGGAAAGUGCGAAGGAACGCGAGCGAUGGAGAGAGAGAGGUGAGGAGAGCACAGCCACGGGUGGUGAAUGGAAUGGGUAACGAAGAGGAAAGAAGUAAUGGG